AUGCCCCACAAUAAUAGCUCGAAAAUUCCCCCGUCUCUUCGGAAUAUCCUUUCAGCACCCUCCCCUGCAAAUCUGAGCCGCUUUGACCCAUGGAAUUCGUCAUCUACCGGCCAUCAACGAGCUGAGAAUCGGUCUGCAGGUACUGCCUGGCGUGAGAUAAGAGCCCAAAAGCUUGCAGCGCAACACGAAUCAGGAACAGACUGUAACCAUACUGGGCAAAAUGGUGAAUGGAAAUGGGUAACUCCUACGCAUAUCGAGCACGAGGAGAGGAGAGUGCAAGGAAAACAGGAUAUAAGAUCCUUUUUUGGUGUUCGGAAAGGAAACUCGGCCAGGAAGCCGGCCAGCGAAACAAAACCCGCGCAACAGUUGGCUGUGAUGAGUACUGUCGGGAAGACGAAAGAAUAUCGUACAGGACAUGCAUAUGGUAUAGAGUACGGAAAUGACCGGGCGCUCCCUGAAAUACAAGAGCCACGGGCGUGUUGGGAUGCUACGCCUACCGAGAUUUCCUUGCCGUCAUCCACGCAUCCUCCGGUCACAAAUAAGGGUAUCUUUAGGAACCUUACUAUCUAUGUCAAUGGAUCCACAUUUCCCGCGGUGUCAGACCAUAAGCUCAAGCAGAUUCUUGUGGAUAAUGGUGCGAAAAUUUCUAUCUAUCUUGAAAGACGGAAGGUUACCCAUGUCAUCCUCGGCCGUCCAAAUAUCAAUGCGAAAUCUGGGAGGGACGGAUGCGGAGGGGGGCUUGCUGGGAGCAAACUUGAACGGGAAGUUAAACGAGUAGGGGGCCAGGGCAUCAAGUUUGUUGGGGUUGAGUGGGUUCUGGAAAGCGUCAAAGCAGGGCUCCGCCUACCGGAGGCGCGAUUUUCAAACUUGCAUAUGGCAUCAGCGAGACAAAGAAGUGUUCUGGAUGACUUUGGCGGUUGA